AUGCCGCUGAACCGUCAUGGCCAGCUGUUGUACGACAGGAAUCAGAAACUUUCCUAUUUUUAUCAUUUCAACAAUUUCAGCGAUGGCGGAUCGGUACGACGACGAAUGGAAAACAACGACGAAAUGGAUCGGACUACAUAUCUUUUCUCGCGCUUCGGUACACAUUGCGUUCAUAAGUCUCCGCCGUUUAUCACUGGAUUGCUUGCACUCUUGUAUGUAUGA